CCCUGUCUUGGGCCCCGGAGCGCCGCGGUGGGCGGGGACGGGACGGGCCCGGCUCGGCUCCUCCCUCCAGGAUACUGCCCUUUGGAUUGCCUUGGCGGUGACCGCGGUGUCCGUAUUGCUGUUGGUCCUCAAGACCAUGGGAUCACCGAAGAAGAAAGAUCCAGUGACGUUACUGGAUCCCAACACCAAGUACCAGCUGCCCUUGAUUGAGAAGGAGGAAAUCAGCCAUGACACCAAGAGGUUCCGGUUUGGCCUUCCGUCGUCAGAUCACAUCUUAGGGCUCCCCAUCGGUCAGCACGUGUAUCUGUCCGCCAAGAUCCUGGGCAUCCCGGUGAUCCGGGCCUACACGCCGGUUUCCAGUGACGAAGAGAAAGGCUUCGUGGACCUCGUUGUGAAGGUCUAUCACAAGAACGUGCACCCAAAGUUCCCCGACGGGGGAAAGAUGUCGCAGUAUCUGGACGCCAUGAAGAUCGGGGACACCGUCGACUUCCGGGGGCCCAACGGCCUGCUCGUGUACCUGGGCAAAGGGCAACUCGCCAUCAGGCCCGACAAGAAGAGCGAGCCGCGGGUGAAGACGACCCGGCACCUGGGCAUGAUUGCCGGCGGGACAGGGAUAACUCCCAUGCUGCAGCUCAUUCGCCACAUCACCAAAGACCCGGACGACAGGACCAAAUGUUCUCUCAUUUUCGCCAAUCAGACGGAGGCGGACAUCCUUCUGCGGGCCGAGCUGGAGGCCGUUGCCGAGGCCCACCCGGACAGGUUCAAGCUGUGGUACACCCUGGACAGACCUCCGAAAGAUUGGGCCUACGGCUCCGGCUUCGUCACCGCCGACAUGAUCCACCAGCACUUGCCGCCCCCCUCGGCCACUACUUUCAUCCUGCUGUGCGGACCCCCGCCCAUGAUCCAGCUCGCCUGCCAGCCCAGCCUGGACAAACUGGGCUACAGCAGAGACCGGCUCUUUGCCUACUAGCCCCCCGGGGACAGCCUCCGGGGCCCUCCCCGUGGCCGGGGUCUUGAGGGGCUCGUACAUCCCCCACCCCAAGCCCGGGAUAUUAAAUUGUGUAGAACAAG